UUUCGACCCUCUACAUCCACCGUCCGACAAUUUGUCGACACCGCGACCGGUUUCGAGCGACCGCGCUCUUGACGACUCACCGCCGGCAUAUUUACGCCGUGCCCCUCCAGUCGUCUUCAGUACGCUUACGAAGGAAAUAGUACUUGGGAGAUAUACGGUACCGAUAAGGGUUUUGGUUGAAGACGAUAUCUAAGGCCGAUACGGCUCGCGCUUCACCAUGGCUGAAUACAAUGGCCGCCGUGCGCCCAACUUCUCGCAAUAUCUGGACGAUUUGAAUGCCAUUCCUUCGCCCUACGAUGUCGCGAUGCAGCAGCAGCAACAGCAGGAUGGGUUCAAUAUCGAUAACGACCUAUCGCUGUUCACUAAUACCGAGUUUUUCGACUUCGAUCUGAACCUCCCGCCAUUCGAACCCGUCGAGGAGAACAAGCACAACGUUAACCAAAACUCCGAUAUGGAUUUCUUGGAUAUACUGGGUGGUGAAGGGUUUGGCAAUGUCAACGACUAUGCCCCUCAGAUGAAUUCGAUAAACAACCAAUCUGUACCCGUGCAGAAUGCUCAGUUCCAUGCCGUGCCGCAGUCGCAGGUUCCCGGGUUGCCUAACGUUAGCGCCCAAGUGAACCAGUCCGUCAAUUCCCGGGCAACCGCCUCCCCUUCUCAGUCUUCUGUCGCUGCCCCGAGUCCCACGAACGCUACCUCCCUCGCAGCUCCUGCUCCAGGCCCUAAGCGCAAGCACACGCAGAAGACUGUCCCAGUUAGCGUGGAGGAGGCUGCACGAAUUGCUGCUGAUGAGGACAAGCGCCGCCGCAACACCGCCGCCAGCGCCCGCUUCCGAGUCAAAAAGAAGAUGCGCGAGCAAGCUCUGGAAAAGACCGUCAAGGAUACUACCGAAAAGAACGCCGCGCUGGAAGCCCGUGUCACCGCCCUCGAGCUCGAGAAUCAAUGGCUCAAGAACCUGAUUACCGAGAAGAACGGCAAGUCCGCGGAAGAAGGAAAAAAGGCGGAGAACGACAUCUCGGACAUGUUCAAGAAGUUUCUUGCUGCACAGAAGACCGAGGGCGAGCGAAGUAACGGCAACUCCAAAAUCGGCGUUGGUACCGUUUAGGUCUCGCUUAGAAUGAAGUUUGCUGUUUUUGUCUUCUGUUGUAUAUCUUGACCUUUAUGUUGAUAUCAUUUGCUUAAGUGAGAGGCGUCAUGGUCGGUUGGAUGGGCGGUGGGCCAGUGAUGAUUACGUUA